GUGUGAAGAAGGUGGGAAUAAUUUUUCCACAUAUCAAUCGGCAACUCGAUCCCACUUCGACUCCGCCUAUCGCAUGGAAAGAAGCAGAGUCACAAUAGGCUUAACAAGAAAUACAUGAGUAUGACGAUGCACUGCAUCCUGGUUUUUCCAAAUUUAAUUCAAUCCACAUUUCCGUUAAGACCUGAUUUGACAAGCCGAAAAUGACUCAGACACAUAGAUCCGGGUUACAACAGUAUAUAAAAACUAAGGUCAAUACGGCUUCACCAGUAUAGGAGUUUCAUGCACUGUUUUCAACGCAUCAAAAUGUGGAAGGCACUGUUUGUAUUAGCAUUGUUAUUUGUUGAGGCUUCAUUAGGUCUUACGGGGUUCCGCAGUGAACAAGCUGUUGCAGAUGCAUUUCAAAGAGGAUUUUUAUCAAAGUUUUUACCAACAACAAGCACAUCGCGGUCUGGCUGUCUUGGGCUUGGCUGCAAGAACGGUAGUAAAGUAGGCAGGAAUGGUGGCGCUGUACCCAAGAUAGACCUGAUAUUUGUCCUCGACAGCAGCGGUAGUGUUCGACAAGAAAACUUCACCGUGGGCAAAGACAUGAUGAAGGAAAUCGUAGACUUUGUGGACCAACAGGCACCAAUCUCUAGCACAGGAUCAAGAAUUGCCUGUGUGAGCUUUUCUUCCCCUGCCCUUACCCGCACCCAGUUCACCUUCACGGCCAAUAGCAAUCCUGCAGCCGUCAAGACGGCAAUCGACGGCAUCAAAUUUGACAACGGUCCAAGUACAGCAACGGGCGUGGGUCUUGAAAAAGCUAAAACCGUCUUGGAUGCUGCUUCGGGUGCUGGACGCGUGCCUUUAUUAUGGAUACUGACAGAUGGCAAUAAAAAUAGCGGGAAAGAUCCCGUCCCAGUGGCUAACGCGCUCAAGGUUAAUAGUGGUGUAGAGAUAUUUGGCAGUCCUAUCGGCCCUAGGAUAAAUCUCGCGAGCAUCGAGGCCUUGGUUUCGACUCCAAUUCCCGACCACAUAUUCGAAGCCCAGUCCUUCGCUGCUGCUAGAAGAAUUGCCAACAGGGCCUUCACUAGUUUUAGGAACGCACAUGGGCUUCCCUCACCUACACAGGGACCACCGACAUUACCACCAAAUUUCUUUGCCAACUUAUUGAGGAACAGGCUCAGAAAAAUUGGAAAAUAAGCGUAACAGUCCGAACGUAAAUGGUCUAAAUCCGGUUUUGUUAUGAACUUGAGUGCAUACUAUGCAUUUAACAACACGGAACUUAGUCAUUUUCAAAUUACGAAAUAUUCAUAUAUGAUCUUCUUCCAACAAGGUGAACUGUUGAAAUAAUUUUUAUUCACCUCCGUAUAUAUAUUUAAGUAUUGUCAUAUUGUUAAUGUGCUUUGGAAAUGUGAGCCAUAAAGACGUGGCACACACAUUGAUUGUCCUACAGCUGAACCAAAGACUGAAGAAGGCUUGUAACUUCAAAUUCCACCUAGAGCAUUUAAGAAAAGAAUUAAACAUUCCCCUUACAGCUUAACUGAUCACUGCUACUUAAAUACCUUAAGGUCUGAAUCUUAUAGAAAAAUAUCUAAUCUGAAUGCAUAAUUUAAAAACCGAAGACUCUAGAUUAAGCUCUUCUUUCACACAUAAUUUGACUGUGAAUUUGUUCUGUAUUUUGUAAAAUGCGUUCUUUCGUUGAUAUUUGUUGAUGUUUUUUAUGUUAAAAUGUGAUGUCAAUAAACUGCAUUUUUGCAAUAUCCA